UGCGGUAUUUCUGGGUCGUAAUCUACUGGCCUUAGUGACCACUACAUUAUAUUUGUCUUUCGUCGGGAAUGGAUGACUCCCAAGUCUCGGAAGAGACAACAUUCUCACCUGAGGAAGUUAAGAACAUUGUCAAGGAGAGCAUUGAAGCCACUGUUGGAUCUAGUUCAUAUUCGCACAAUAAAGUAAAACAGUGGACAUCUACUGUAGUCGAACAAUGCCUUAAUCAGCUUACUAAACUAGGGAAGCCAUUUAAAUACAUAGUCACUUGUGUUAUCAUGCAAAAGUGUGGAGCUGGACUGCAUACUGCAAGUUCCUGUUACUGGGAUACCAGUACUGAUGGUAAGCCUAGCUUUAAAUCGCAUGUUGUAAUUUGGUUGUUUUCUGGCCGGCAAACACUUCAGGUGUAUUUUGGGUUUUAUGGCAGAAACCGUGAGAGUACUUCAAGUGCGUGCAGAAUCCUCGCCCUAAAUAUCCUAUGUACUUUGCGGGUUAUUCCCUAAGUACCCGAGAUGCACUCAGUGUUUGCCUGUACAAUACCUUAACCAAGUAGUUGUACAGUCAAAUGGGAAAACAAAUCUAUGUACUUUAUCGUCACCGUUUUUGGUUUAGCUAUAUGACGUUCGUCAACUUCAUAUGUGGUCUAGAUGUUUGGUCAGAUUGUGUGGAGACUGUCAACUGCAUUUUCUUAAUGAUAAACAUUCAUUCACCGAGUUUAACUGUGGUGAACGGUCUUCAUUAACGUAGUUUUCUCUACUCCCAAUGUUUUUAAAUCUUCGACAAUCGUUAAAUUAAUAAACCAUUGUGUUAAAUAAAUAUAUAUUGUACGGUUCAAGAUUUAUAAGCAGUUUUCUGCAUUUCAUAUAUCUUGAUUGUUAGUAGAUUUGUUCAGGGUAGCAUCGUCAAGUAAAAAAAAUUUGUUUUAAAAGAAUCAGCGAUGCAACAAACCGUUUAAUUUCCUUUAAAUACAAUUCUACCAGGGUAUUUCUAUUUACAUUGCGAUAAAAGCUGUUUUUGUAGUGUUUUAAGGAUAUGUGGUUGUAAUGACCAGUGGGAGGUGGAUGCCUCCUAAUUUAUGCCCAAUACAUUGUGAUUAGUGUUCCACUGUAUUCAUCUCCUGGCAGAAUGACCCAACAUACAAACACUGUUUUCUGUUAUGUUCCAAUCACAUCCUAAUACU